CCAGGACAGAGGAGCGUCAAUAUCUCACCUCCAUCUCCUCUCUCUGAUUCUUUAUUAUCUCUAGACGUUUUCCUUCCAUCCACAGGAUUUAACCAUCACCUGACUUGUUUUGAAAGAGGACUGGAGCAGAUUUCGUUGAGCCUAUGAAAAGUUUUUUUGACUAAUCCACACGAGGGAAGAAGAACAUCACCUUCAUCGUCACCAUCAUCAUCAUCAUCGUCAUAUUUCAGCUCGUGCAGUGGAUGAGGCUCAGAGAGCGCGCAGAACGGAAUAAAGAGAUUUGGAGAAAAUGACAAGAUUGUGCGGAGUCCAUCAACACCAGUUCAUCCUGUUAUUGACUGCUGCCAUGGUGAUGGCCAUGGAUGCGUCACACAACCUGGCCAGUGAGAGGAGUUCGAUAGAAAGCACAUAUGAACUCACCAAGUACCUGGAGUAUCAGCUCAAGGAAAUCAAAGACGUAUAUCUCACCUACCUAGGCCCUCCAUUCAACGAGAAAGACUUCUCCCCUCCGCGGCCCAACAGCACGUCUCUGUCCCUGCCCAUUGCUGCUACCCGCCUGGAGCUGUGGCAUGGCCUGGAGAACCAAGCCCGACUUGCCCAGAACCAGAAGGCCUACUCUGUGCUGCUGGCGGCUGUCAGGGAGCUAGCCCGCUCCACUCUCUGCCCCUCCCUCAAGACCUCCCUGCUGCACUUUUGCACAGGCCUGGACGGACUGCUGGGCUCGAUAUCUGCGCUGAUGACCACGCUCGGUUACACGCUUCCUCCUCCAUCUGCAAACAUGAGAAGUAGCGCUGGCGAGCUGCAAUACCCUCUGAGUUCGUUAGGAGGCGACCAGCCGGCUCCACUGAUGAGCCAGAGCCUGUACAGGUCCAGAGCUGGGACGAGGAUGGAGGUGGGUCACCGUAACAACCACAAACGAGGUGGAAUGAGGGUGGUCAAAGGAGAUCGCGAGGAUGGCGUCAACAUGGACCUGAUAGGGAAAAAAAGAGCGAAAGAGGGGAGGAGAGCUGAGACGACUGCAGCUAGAGGAAGGAGUGGCGGAUCGAGGGAGAAAGGAAGAGGAGAUAGAGGGAGGAGAGGAAAGAGGGAGGAGCCUGAGAGCAGGAUAUGGGCCGCCAGCGAAGACGAGAGAGUAGGGGAGGAGGGACAGGAGGAGCUGGAGCGAGAGAGAGGGGUGGAGAGAUGGGGGAGGAGGUUGUUGAGCAUCAGUGAGGAUGGAGAGGAAGAGGGGAGGCAGACAGAACCUGGGGUCGAACUGUCAUACCUGGAAACGCAAAGGUCCGACUUCAUUCUGCCACCAACCAUCAACGACAACAACAAUCGUUACAGCUACAACCUGAACUCACGUCACAUAGACACCAUCAGGAAAGAAGAUGGAUUUAUUGUGGUGAAAACCAGAGGGUUAAUGCUGGAGGAGGGGCAGCAAACAAACAUGGAGGCUGCCUCCUCUUCCUCAGCUUUCUAUCACCAGCGUCGGCCUCCUCGCUCCCUCUUCUCCUCCACCCUCCAACCUCCCCUCGCCACCCUCUCCCUCCUUUACCAGUUCGGAGCAGGUGAAAAGCACACCCUCCUCCCCCAGCCUGUCCCCCUGUCUUUGCAAAGGGGUACCUCCCUCCUUUCGCCCCCUCUGACCCCACUGCUCUCCUCCUCCUCCUCCUCCUCUUCCUCCUCACUCUUGUCCGUGCGGCCGACAAUGAACGACUUUGCCAGGAAGGUGGAGGGGUUUUGGAUAUUGCGGGAGCUGCAGAGUUGGCUGUGGCGAUCGGCAAAGGACUUCAACCGCCUCAAGAAAAGACUACGAGGUUGAGACACUUUAACGGGAUGAGACACUGAGACAAAACACACACACUCACACAAACACACAAUGUGCAGCAUAACGGAAAUCUUACCCAUAACGAAUUGCACCAAAUCCAAGUGGAAACUAACUGAGAGCUUUGACAGACAAACGCACAUAAACACACUCAUGCUUUAAUGCAUUCAUUCAUACUGUACUGGAAUAAAUGAAUGAAGCACGAUUUGGCAGGUCACCAGAGGCACUAAUGGAAUAUAACACACAAAACCCAACACAUUACCAGCACUGUCACCCGCCUAAUGCACAUAGCAGCUCAUUGAGCGAGACACGCUGAGACUGGGCUGAGUUACCGGACUUCACGGCUCAUAGAUCAACAGAAAUACCACUGUAGGUGGUUAGACACAUGCACGCACAAGGGUAGACGUAACGUCAGGCAGUGAGAGAGACAGUGCAGGCAUUGAGAGAAAACUGAUUCAGUGACCCCCAGAAGUGUGAAUCAGCAAACAUUCAUUUUCUCGACAGGCAGAAGGGAAAGUUUUCUGAAUGGGUAAAAGACAAAAGGAGAGCAGAGGGAAGGAAAUGGCCAGAGGGAUGAAGAGGAGGAGAGGAAGACGCAGAAAGGGACGGGAAGACGGGAGGAGGUGUGAGUCAGGGGGCUCUGCACUGGGAAUAAUGGGCAGAGGGAUACUGCUGAGUAAUCACAAGAUGGCCGGUCAGUUACAGUAACUCGAUAAAAGCGCUACACAUACUGUCCAGACAGAGGUGGUCAAACACACACUCACCCUCACUGUGGUAUUUGGUGCCUUAACAACAACAAUUGGCUUCUUUGCUGCUUUUGAUUCACUGCUCAUAACCUUUACCACUUUAAAAGGAUUUCAUCCCAGAGCAAGAAACAUAAACAUAUUUGAUCAUGGAAUUAUUUUCCUGCAGAGACCUCACAUUUUGGGAAAAUAUUUUUUGGGGCAUUCUUGAUUUGAUAUGGAGGUGGUUAGCGUAGCUUAGCAUUAAGACGAGAAACAACAGCCCUUGCUUUGUUCAAAUCUGUCAGCGAGCACCUCUAAAAUUCACUAAACACUUUAUAUCUUGUUUGUUUGAUCCACACAACGACCAAGUGUGAAAGCGUCAGGUUACCAUCCUUGAGUCUCGUAACCUCAAGACUGACAGAAAACCUGCUAAUCUGCUCGUCCAGCACUUAUCGGCCUCAUCCAUGCUCCUGUGGAUAUUUUUUCCAGACAUACAUUUCAUUUUGAGACCCUGUGGUAGUUCAAACCCUCUGAAAACACAUUUUUACAUGUGAGCGAACAAAGAAAAUAAAAAUGUUAGUAAGCAACCUUUCGAGGUUCCUGGCAGGUCCUGCUGUUAAGCUUCUUUUAUACUUCUGUGUUCUGAUGCCACAAGCUGCAGCAGCUUCGUCCAUUGGCUCUGCAGCUGCACUGUAGCUGAUAUGCACUUCCUCAAAAAUGUAACUGCACAUCAGGGCUACAGCCGCGAGACACCACAUGGUGACCACAAGAGCCGUGACUGGUCAAAACGGCCUGUUUGUGUUUUUGUCUCAAAGUUUCCACAAGAUCAUCUGGCAAAGCCUUUUCCACUGCAGCACUUCUGCUCACCAUAACAAUGGCACAAAAUGAAAAUACUGCAAUACUACCAUUCCUGUGGAAUAGAAUUAAAGCACCACAUGACCUGGUCAUUAAUAAUACAUGUUGACGUGGCGCUAUCCAUGGGUGUAAUCUGACGCUGAACCAUAAAUCUAAACCUACACAGUAGGUAUCUAUGACGGCACCUCCCUUCCGUUGAUCGUAAAUCUGACUUCAGUCUUUGUGCUAAGCUAAGCUCACGAUCACCUGGGACAGAGACAGAGACAUGAGAUUGGUAUCAGUCUGCCCCUAUAACAUUCGGAAAGAAAGUUCCCUUAAUGCCAAACUGUUCCUCUUCGUCUCUCCUCAGCAAAAAAUUAGGUGUAUUUUUCAUCCCUUUUAAAACCUGAAAUCAGUCUCAUUCCUUUAUUUACAGAUGGUUUGGUUGUUUUCCAGAAUAAAUGUAAUGCUAUGUCUUUGCAAUGUGCCUUAGAUGACGUGGCAUAAGGUUAUGGAUCAUAUCUCUAUAAUAUUUAUUGAACAAGAUGUUUAUUUAUUUUUUUUCUCCAGUGUGAAAAUACUGUAUUGUUACUCAAGAGAGAAUAAAUAGUAGC